AAUUAUUCGGGCUCACCCGAGACUCUUUUCCCACCAUGCACUGCUAUCUUGUUAUUCAAGAUGGCGGCCUACUUGAAAAGAUCGACAGGGCUUGUCGGUCUUGCCGUAGCUAAGGCACCACGAGAGGCCUUGAUAGGAUUGUACCAGAAGACUCUGGGUGUUCUUGAUAAAAUGCCAAGAGAUGCUGCUUACAGAGUGCACACAGAGCAAAUUACCAAGCACAGACUCAGCAUUGUAGAGCAGGAAACUGACAUUGAAGCCUUAGAAAAGAAGUUGAAAGCCGGCCAAGUGGAAGAGGUCAUCAGACAGGCAGAAAAUGAACUGUCCUUGGCAGAGAAGAUGAGGGUGUGGAAACCAUGGGAACCACUACAAACUCCACCACCUGUGGGCCAGUGGAAAUGGCCGAUUUAAACUUAUUAUUGGGUGAUAAAGGUUUUUUUUUGCUUUCUUCGUUUGUAUGAUACUGUGUGAACAAUGAAGUUUAGAGAAUAAGAUUUUAUCUUUUUUCCCAUAAUCUUAUGAAUGACUUCUUGUGACAACUUCUAAUACUAAUUAAAAUGAGUUUUCAUCAGUA